AUGUCCGACGGCGGCGGCGACGGGCAGCGGCAAUGCCGGCGGGGCAUCACGCCCGACGUCGAGCUCGGCGCGGCCCUGGCGCUCGCUGACAUGGCUGCAGGCAGUAGCGUCGUGCAGCCGCAGGCGCAGGCGCGGGCGCGGCUGCACACGGCCGAGGAGAUGACCGACGACGAGGAGAUGGCGAGCACGAGGCUGAGCCUCCAGCUCGGCAGGGUCGGGGUCCAGCAGUCGCCGUCCUGCUCCAGCAGCUCCAGCGCCGGCCGCCCGCCGGCGCCCUCCGCCGCGCCCGGUGCUGCUCAUCACGGGCCCAGGCCACGGCACAUGCUCACCGAGGCGGAGGAGGAGGAGAAGCGGCUGCGGCGUGUGCUCGCCAACCGGGAGUCGGCGCGGCAGUCCAUCCUCCGCCGUCAGGCGAUUCGAGAUGAACUGGCAAGGAAAGUUGCAGACUUGUCGUCACAGAACGAGACCAUGAAAAAGGAGAAGGACGUGGUGAUGGAGGAGUAUCUUUCACUGAAAGAGACGAACGAGCAGCUGAAAGCGCAGGCACACCACCUCUCGCUUUCGCUAUUCUAA